AUGAAAACUGCCGGCGUAGUGUUACAUUCCGGUAGUUGGUCGAGAUGGUCACUGUUCUUACUUUUGUGGACAAACUUUGCAAGCGUGCUUGGUCGAACCGCUUUUGAAAAACUCACUGAAUUAGAUUACAAAGGCACGACAUAUUAUACAGUAAAAAACUUGACGCUGUAUGAGUGCCAGGGAUGGUGUCGAGAAGAGCCAGAGUGCCAAGCAGCUUCAUUUAGUUUUGUCUUAAACCCGUUGACGCCCAUACAAGAAACCAUUUGCCAAUUACAGAAUGAGACAACUGCUAAUAAUCCAGCGGCAACUCCUCAGCGUUCCGUCAACUUGUAUUACAUGGUGAAAAUGCAAAUACGAUCCGGUUAG